AUGUCGCCGGGUGUUGCGAGUUUUCCGGAGACGGCGCCGCGUCCGCCGCCGGUGUCGAGCAACGGUCCGCCGGCGGGAAGUGUGAGCGAGUUGGAGCUUCUCGAGAAGGCGUUCAUCACGCCGGAAGAUGUGCUCCGAUUGCCGGGAAUCACGCAAGAUUACCUAUGCCAUCCGUCGGCGAACGUCUAUAACAUCGAGUUCACGCGAUUCCGAAUUCGCGAUCUUGACACUGAGCAGGUGCUGUUUGAGAUCGAGAAGCCGGAAGACACGAGCAAUCAGGAGAAUCGCGACGUGACAAUUCAGCAGGCGACGGAAGCGGCGCGAUACGUGCGCUAUCGAUUCUCGCCCGAAUUUCUCAAAUUGCGUCACGUCGGCGCCACCGUCGAGUUCGCCGUCGGAAAUCGGCCGGUCAACAAUUUUCGAAUGAUCGAGCGUCAUUAUUUCAAGGAUCGAAUGCUGAAAUGCUUCGAUUUUGAGUUCGGCUUCUGCAUUCCGAACUCGCGCAACACGUGCGAGCACAUCUACGAGUUCCCGAAGAUCAGCGACGCGCUCAUGGAGGAGAUGAUCAGCAAUCCGUAUGAGACGCGCUCCGACAGCUUCUACUUUGUCGACAACAAGCUUGUGAUGCACAAUAAGGCUGAUUACGCCUAUGAUGGAUAA